AUGGAUCCCGAGGGCGCGCAGGCCACUGAUCAGAUGCAAACAGAAUCUUUACCUUCAUGUCCCAACACUGUGUCACCAGUGAGGUUAAACAAUCUGAUCGGCUCUCCAAGGUUCGGAACAGUCACUCCAAAUCGUGUCUUUGUUGGAGGAAUUGAUUUUAAGACUAAUGAAAAUGACCUGAAGAAGUUUUUUGCUCAGUAUGGCAGUGUGACAGAAGUGAAGAUAAUAAAUGACAGAGCUGGAGUAUCAAAGGGGUAUGGCUUUGUUACAUUUGAAACCCAAGAAGAGGCACAGAAGAUUUUACAAGAUGCUAAAAAGCUCAACUAUAAGGAUAAGAAAUUGAAUAUUGGACCAGCAAUAAGAAAACAAGUGCGGAGCCCUAAUGCUCGUUCUGCUGUGACCCCACAAGCUGGUACAAUGUAUGCCACUACUGCUGUAUCACCAGAAGCUGGUACAAUGUACUUGACCACUUCCAGUGGAUAUCCAUAUGUUUACCAUAAUGGAGUGGCUUAUUUUCAUACAUCUGAAGUCUCUCCUGUUCAGCAGCCAUGGCCAUCUCGCUCUGUUUCCAGUUCACCUGUGAUGGUUGCUCCACCUGUCUAUCAGUCUCCUACAUACCAUUAUCAGGCACCAACACAGUGUCUUUCAAGUCAGUGGCAGUGGUCUGUUCCACAGUCUCCUACCUCUUCACCUCCACUCCUGUACCUGCAACCAUCUGAAGUCUUUUAUCAGCCAAUAGGAAUUAACCAGGAAGGUGGAUGUAUAUCUCCACCUCUCCUAAUGGAAGCUGCAGUUCCUGAGCUGUAUUCUGAUCAUGGAGUUCAAACCCUACAUCACCAGCCCUAUGUCCAGAGUCACAUAGCCAUGCCUGCAGCUUCCUUCCUGUGUGGCUGAGAUCCAUCAUCACCAUAGGAGCUAGCAGCUGCCAGUUGUGGCAUUUGGGGAAUUGAGGUCGCAUUCUGUGAGAAGAAAUGUUCUGCAUCAUUCGUC